AAAAGGGUUAAAAUUGCUGGCUAUAAAUAGUAAAUUUCCACAUGUCUAUUUAGCAAAGAUAAAAACUUGUUUAUUUUCUUUAAAAUACAAUUCAGCUGUAUUAUCCAACUGAUAUAUUUUAAACUAUAGGACUGCAGUGCAUUUCGUAACGUAAGUUCCGUAAUGAUAUGCGUGAAGUAUCCCAAUUUAAUUGUUAACCUGCAGUAAGGCCGUAAGGUAAAGUCCGUAACAAACUCAAUACUCAAAGCCAAAGCUGCUUAAAAAUAUAAGUAAAAGAACCAUGUUAAGUCCCAAUUGACAGAACCGUGACAGUUCCGUAACAAACUCAAUACUCAAAGCCAAAGCUGCUUAAAAAUAUAAGUAAAAGAACCAUGUUAAGUCCCAAUUGACAGAACCGUGACAGUUCAAACUCAAUUCAAUAAUUUUAAAAUAUUAUUAAUAAUAAUUAAUUGUAACUGAUGUAACAUGAAAAUACAUAAUAUUUGAGUUAGGAUAUAUUUUUGUUGAUUUCUUCUGAAAUAUGCUUUACUUUAACUUUAACUUUACAUACUUCACUUGUCUUAAAAUGAAAUUUAUAUUUUAAAAUUAAUUGAAAAUUGUCUGAAGUGUUUAUUUUUCACUUAAUUUUCUGUAACUCAUACUAACUGACUAAGUAAGACCUAGGUCUAAGCUAAGGUAAGGAAAACCUUUAAAACUACUUUGACUUUGACCUAUAAAGAAGUCAAGAACAUUUUUUUUUUAAAUACAGACUUACACUAACUUAACUUACAGACAAAAUAAUGUAAAUGUAAAUUGUAACUGACAUAAUUGUCACAUAACAUGACUUUGUAACUGACUUUAUUGUUAAAUUUAUAUUUCUGAAUGCAAGCAAUCAAAAUUGAACAACAUACAUCAAUUCUUUGACAGAAUUACAAAUACUUCACUGUAGGCAUUGUGUCUGUAGUAGUUAAAUAAACAUUAAAAAAUAGUAACAGCGUUUGAAUGAAAAUUAAUGCUUGUCCAUCAUGUGACAUUGACCUGGACAAUGAAAAUUGUCUGUAUUAUAUGAUGUAAACACAAUAAAAUUCAACAAAAUUUCUAUUAAAAUGUGUAGACAACAUGUUUUUAAUUUAAUAUGGACACCAGGUCAUUUGUCACACAAAACCAUGAUUAUGAUUAAAAUUAUGCAGUACAGAGAAUUCAUCUGUGUUUGACUGUUUGAUAGCGUUUGGCUAAAUGAAAACGCUUUAUCCCUAAAGGGCAAGGCACAGAGUAAAUGAUUAGACAGUUAACCCUAUAUUUAAAAAUUGCCCACAACUGGCUUGGUUUGUUACACCAGGUCUGUUUUAACUCUGUAAUUUUACCCCCACAAAAAUGUUUUCUUUUGUAGAGAAUAAACAUAGACAAAAUAAAAUAAAAUAAUUUUACGCCUAUUAAGCAAUAAAGUAUUAAAUUAGUUUAAGCUAAACAGUUUUUAUAUUUUAAUACUCAAUACAUUUUUGUAAUAUUUAGUCAGUCCUUGGUUUAAUAGCUUUCAGCCCUGUUAUGUUUAGGCCUAAACAGUGUUAAAUAACUUUCCUAGGCCUAUAUACUAGCCUAAGUCUAUACUAUCUGACCGAACUUCUCUCUGUCUAUUCACCCGUUCGACAGCUUCGCUCCUCCGCAGACGCACAUAUUCUUUUUGUCCACAAUACUCGCACAAAAACAUACGGUGAACGAUCUUUCUCUUUCUGUGCCCCCAAACAAUGGAAUUCUCUUCCACUACACAUUCGCAAUAUACCGACCAUCACAGCCUCCAAAACUGCACUCAAAACACAUCUCUUUAAACUCUACUAUCCUGACCGAUUCCCCCCUCUGACCAAUAAAUGAUGCUGCUGGUUAGCCGUCCAUGGCUUGACAUAAUAUAAAUAGUUCUUGAAUAUGUAGAGUAAAUAUAUUUUUGUUUUAUUUAAUUAAUGUAUGUUAAUUUUUAAGUUCAUGAUUAUGUUUGUUAAAUUGUAUGUACAGUGUGGUGAGCCCAGCCCUAGGUUGUGGUACCACAGUAUAUAAAAACACCAGUAAUAAUAAUAUUAAUAUUAUAGGCAUAACCUAUUUUAUGUAAAUAUAUAUUUUUUUUAAAGGAACGAGGAAUCUUCUGCUAUAAAUUGGUGCACAAUAACUUGUGAUAAAAAUGUCAGGCAGUGAUGGAGAGGACACAUUGCAGAAAACAAAAUCUGACAAUCUACACUUUAAGGCUCUACUUGAUUUGAUACCACCACAGUUCUACUUCAACUUUGAGGACAAACAAGAAAUAUUUGGGAAUGUUUCAGGCAAGUGUGCAGCUUGAAUAAGGUCAACUAAAUGUGUUUUUAUUGGGACAUUUUAUUCUUUAAUGAAUAACUCAGCUAAAACAUAUUUCAGACACCUAUCCGUAUGGUUUAUUGUAAUUAAUUCUUAAAUCAUUGUGCAGACAAAGUUAAUACUCCUGCAAAUAUUCAAAGAUUAAUAUCUAAAUGAAACAUCUGACUAAAAAUAACCACUAUUAAUUUAAUAGUAAAUUCUUAUCUUAGCUGUAUGUAAUAAUGGUUAGAGAAGAAAUUGCUUUUUUGAUAAAAUAUAAUUUUUAAAAAAAAAUGGUUGCCUAAAGCCAAUGAACUUUCUCAAUCUAUGGAUCUACUACUAUAUAUGAAUAUUUUUUUCUCCUUGGAUUUCAUGAAAUUAUCCACACAAAAAAUCCCAAGAUUUUUCGGUUUAAAUCAAAUUUGAAUGUGGCACAUGUUAGUCUAUAUCUACAAUCUAUCAUUAGAGCGACAAUAAUUUAGUUUUUAGAACUUUUAAAUUGACUGGUUUGAUGGAAUUCGUAAGUAGUUUGAUGGUGUUCUGUUGUGAUUCCUUGUUAACACGCUGUCAUUUUAUGAUAAAAGAAAUAUUCCCCAAAAAGUAUAAGGCAAUACAUAAGUGUAGUAUAAGUAUGUAUAAAUGCAUUGAAAUCUUGUGUCAGUUCCACUGCUUCAUACAUGUUGAUGUUGUGUAAUUAAUUCCCAACUACGGCUGCUGGUAUUUCAGAUGAUGAAGAUCUCCCAGAUCCAAAGAAGAGGAAAAAGAAAAAAAAGCCAUUGUCAAAUCUCUCAGUCACACAGAUCACAGAGCUAAGGCAGCAGGGAGUAACUCUUGGUGUGUACCUCUGCCUCAAAUUGGUCAAUAGGCAUGCUCAUUUGUUGCUAUAAGAUAUUCUGUCUAAGCCAACUAAUCUAAGCUUAAACUGUAGAAAACCAGACUUUGCAUUCUGUCUAAGGCGCCUAAGCCUUAGCUGUAGACGACUAGAUAUUGCACAGGAGGGCAAUUAUGAAAUAAAAUAAACCUUCUACCAUAACGUCUUUAUCAAAAGACAUGGACCUAGUGAUUCCACAUAUAUAUAUAUAUAUAUAUAUAUAUUUAAAAUAUUGUGCAUUUGGUAAAUGCCCCAGUACAGCAGUGUUAAAACUGAGGGAAAAUCCCACAGUGUUAAAACUAGAGUGAAAAUCCCAGUGUCAAAACUAGAUCAAACAUCCUUCAGUGUUAAAACUAGAGGGAACAUCCCAGGUUGAGGGGAAAAAACAUUUUUAUUUGAAUAAUUAUGCCUCAAUUAUUUAAUGACAUUAUUUUAGGGCCAAGAAUGUUUUUAAAGAGUGAGCUCUAAAAUGGAAAGUCUAAAAACCCCUGUUUUGGGUGGUAAGACUAACUACAAUGUUUGUUUUGUCAAGUGCAGUAACAUAACUCAAUUAAACCACUGCUUUGGGUGGUAAGAUUAGUAAGAACAAGUACAAUGAUUAUUUUGUCAAGUACAGUUAUAUAACUCAAUGUAUCAUUAUAAAAAAAACAAAUAAUAAUUUUCACAAUACUUUUUUUUUUAAAGUGUCAUGACUUUUAUCAAUUUAAUAGGAGACAAGAAAGGAAAUGGAAAAAAAGAUAAUGGAAGUGGACAUGUUGUGAAUGGAGCAGGUGAUAAGAGUGAGGAGUAUUCAAUUGGUGAGUGAGGUUGGACUUUUUCCUUAAAAAUUCAAUGUGAUUUUUAAACUCCAGUGACACUUUUAAUAAAUGCUAAUUAUACUGCAAUUGAAAGCAGUCAACCAGAAAGGCAGCCUUUUGAUGUAAAUCAGCGGGAAGUACAGCAGGGUCUGCCACUGUAGAAUGAAGCUCAUAGCCCACUUUCGGACUUACAGAUUAGAAGCUACCCCAAGCCUCUUCUAGAUGAAUGAAUCAUGACAAGGCUACAGUUCAAUUUAGCAUUUUUUAUUUUUCAUGUCCUUUUUUUUUUGAAAGAUUGUUUCCCCCAAUAAUAAGUGAUUUAUGCUGAUUUCUCCCCUUCUACAAAGUAAUUUAUGCUGAUUUCUCCCCUACUACCAAUUGAAUUAUGCUGAUUUCUCCCCUAUGACCAAGUGAUUUAUGCUGAUUUCUCCCCUAUGACAAAGUGAUUUAUGACAAUUUCUGCCCUAUGACCAAGUGAUUCAUGCUGAUUUCUGCCCUAUGACCAAGUGAUUUAUGCUGAUUUCUGCCCUAAGACCAAGUGAUUUAUGCGGAUUUCUUCCCUAAGACCAAGUGAUUUAUGAUGAUUUCUGCCCUAUGACCAAGUUAUUUAUGAUGAUUUCUCCCCUAUGACAAAGUGAUUUAUGCUGACUUCUGCCCUAUGACCAAGUUAUUUAUGAUGAUUUCUCUCCUAUGACAAAGUGAUUUAUGCUGAUUUCUCCCCUACAACCAAGUGAUUUAUGCUGAUUUCUCCCCUACUACUCAGUGAUUUAUGAUUAUUUCUCCCCAACUACCAAAUGAUUUAUGAUGAUUUUUUUUUCCACCCAAGUAAUUUUUAUUUUAAUGAGGUGCAUAUUUAUUGGGAGUGUUAGCCAAGUAGAAUUUUAAUCUGUUAGUUAAAACUAGUAUUGGAAUUUUAAAAUCCAAUUCAUGUUUACAAAAUAUCACAGCAGCCUUUAAAUAAUAUGGACAAUCUAUUCUUCUUUGUAAUUUGUAGUGUUCUUUGGCGACAAUUCUGUCUUCACUCUCUAGGAAAUAGUCACGAAUAUCUUAAUACUCACAUUGACGUACGCAACUGCUACUUUGAAUAGUCUUGAUAUUCACAUUGAGCUGGGUAUUCACAUUGAGAUACGCAACUACUUCUUUGAUUUUUUAAUUUCUCAGUCAUCUUACUUCUGUGUUAAACAUCUCCCAGCUAAACCUGGUAACAAUUUAAAAAAAAAUAAUUGCAUAAAACAUCGUUUUUCAACUUCUUCUUGUUUUUUGUAGCCAUUUUAAAUCUUUCUAAUGAUAUACACCUCCACCCUAUAUCAAUCAUAUUUCCCGUCAUAACAUCAUAGGAUCAAAUAUCAAUAUUAAAAUGUCCAUUUUUCUACACACUAAGUUGCUCCCUGAGCAUCUUUCAGGGAAACAUGAGUUUUUUGUCAUCUUGUUCUUUAUUGAUUAGUUUUUGGUAUUUUAUGCCAGAGACCAAACACCAAGGCAAAAAACUGAGCAGAACAUCUAACAGCAAGAAGAAGGUCAAAGAGCACCAGCGGCGGGAGUCAAGGCUGGAAGAGUUAAAAGAAAGACUUCGCGCAAAGCUGGAAGAGAUCAAAGGUAACGAACAUGACAGAAAUAAAUAGUAAUUUUGGGACAUUUUUGUUGCAGACUUUCUAUGCUUGUUUCCAAGCCUUGCAUUUUUUGUUUAAAAAUAUUGUAUUUCCCUCUGUAAGAAGUUAAGGCAAAGGAAUUUGUCACUUAUUCAGGUUGUCCUAGGUGAAUAAAUUAUAAUAUUAAUUAAUUUUAAAAUAAGAACUUUUAAAAUAAUCUCAGGGGUAUUUAAUGUCGUACAAUAUACAUGCUAAAAAAUAAUUCAUGCAAAUACAUAAUAUCGCAUUUAAACACCUAAGCUUUUGUAAAUAAACGUCUUACUAUUUUAAAGCUCUAAACUUAUAAUUUCUAGUUGUGCUUAGCUAACAAAAGUUGUUCACACCCUUGUCUCAAUCAUCUAUAUUUUUGACCCCCUAAGUGUUAUUAGCAAUCCUCAAUAACGUCUAUCACCCUUCUGUAACGCAGCUCGUAAAAGCAACAGUGCCGGAACCAACACACAGGAUGAGAAAAGGUUAAAGCGGCAAGAGAAGAAGGUCAAUGCUAAGCUGAAGAGCAAAGACAAAGGUGACCAAAAACAGCAGCAGUUGAAGGCUGUGGCCAACGGGCUCAAGUCACCGCCACAAAACAAAAUCCUGAAUGAAAAUGGUGUGCCGGUCACAUCCAAAUUUGACUUUUCUGUAAUUUCGUUUGGCAACGAUCGGCACAAAUCGUCUGACCUGCACGGCAAAGACUAUAAGAGACUCUUGGAGAGGGUUGAAAAGCAGAAAGAGAAGGUUGAGAAGUUGAAGGAGAAGGACCCGGAAGCCGGGAAGAAGCUGGAGCAAAAAAUCCAGUGGCAGAACGUCAUCAACAAAGCGCAGGGCGAAAAGGUCAAGGAUAAUCCAGAACUGUUGAAAAAAGCAUUCAAGCGAAAAGAAAAGCUGAAGGAGCGGAAGCAGAAGAAGUGGGGUGAGAGGGUGCAGAAUGUGGAAAGUGUGAAACAGAAGAAACAGGACAAGCGACAGGCCAACAUUGACAAGAGGAAAGAUGCAAAGAAGGAGAAGAAGAGAAAGCAUUUGAUAAAGAAAGGAAGAAUCAUUCCCGGUUUUUAAAAAAAUGUUGAAUCUGUUGUGUUUUAUAUGUUAUGGUUGCCUGCGUGUGUGGUGUGUGUGGGCGGUGUGGUGUGUGUGGGCGGUGUGGAGAGCGUGAGGUCUGAAUUCUUGGUGAAGAUGUGUGCGUAUGGGGUCGACAGAAAAGCUGUUUGCUGUGUGAGCUUAUAAAAAUUGUUGGCAUGAGGCCAAAGUGGCAGUCACACUUUGAAAUCAAUACAGGAAGGAAUAUUGAUUUCUAACAUUAAAGUUAAAGAAAAUAAAAUAUGUGGCAGAAAAUUCAAAACUAGGAAUUCUCAUCUUGAUUUAAUUUUCAAUGAAUGCAUUGCAGAGGAUAAAGUUUAGUAGACAAUAAAAUAGGUUGACUUGCUAAUUAAAGUUUUUUGCAAUCAUGUUAAGGGUAUGCAGAUUUAAAAAAAAAUGUAUAUUAAAUAAAAUUUUGAAAGCCUGUAAAAUGUAUCAUUUUCUAGUAUAUGGUAUAGCAUUUGUUCAUUUCUUUCUACCAUUUUUUUUCUUCUUACUGUCGCUUGGUCUUUCACUUAACUUUCAAGAGACAAGCUGGAUUUUCUGUGAUGAAUAUUCCGUAUUCCUGUAAUAUCUCAUUUAUUUUUUCAGCUUUUGAACAAUUUAUUAUGAAUAAUCAGAGUUCUCAAACAUCUGGCAUGAAGAGCCACACACCAGAGAUUUUUUUUAAAAACAAAAGGCAGCAUUAUGAAAUAUAUUUUUCCUCCCCAUUUUAAGAGUAUAUUUUUGGUUUUGUCGAUGUUAUCUGUCUGUCUAGUGGUUCAAUGUAAAAUUGAUUUAAUCUGUCUGGCUAGUGGUGAGGAACUUGUUGUUAGAUUCAAUGGAAGGUUGAUUUAAUCUGUCUGGCUAGUGGUGAGGAACUUGUUGUUAGAUUCAAUGGAAGGUUGAUGUAAUCUGUCUGGCUAGUGGUGAGGAACUUGUUGUUAGAUUCAAUGGAAAAUUGAUUUAAUCUGUCUGGCUAGUGGUGAGGAACUUGUUGUUAGAUUCAAUGGAAGGUU